AUGGCUGCCCAAGUGCUGCUGCAGACAGUGCCGUUCCUGCUGGGUCUGCUUCUGGUUCCAGGUGCCCGUGGCGGGGGCCCCCGGGAAGACUUCCGCUUCUGUGGCCAGCGGAACCAGACGCAGAACAGCAGCCUCCAUUAUAAGCGGACAUCUGAGCUGCACAUCUCCGUCAAGAACACUGAGGAGGCCCUCGCAGUGCAUGCGCCCUUCCCUGGAGCCCAUCUGGCUCCUAGGUCAUUCCCUCAUCCCAGGGGCCUCUACCACUUCUGCCUCUACUGGAACCGCCAUGCUGGGAAAUUGCAUCUUCGCUACGGCAAGAGCGACUUCGUGCUGAGUAACCAAGCCUCUGACCUCCUGUGCUUCCGGCAUCAGGAGGAGAGCCUGGCCGAGGGGGCCCCACUGUUCGCCACCUCUGUCAGCUCCUGGUGGAGCCCCCAGAACACCAGUCUGCCCAGUGCAGCCGGCUUCAUCUUCUCCUUCCACACUCCUCCCCUGAAGACCUCCCACAGCGCCUCGGUGGACACAUGUGAGCUGAAAAGGGACCUCCAGCGGCUCAGCCAGUUUCUGAAGCAUCCCCGGAAGAGCUCAAGGAGACCCCCGUUCACCCCCGUGGACCAGCAGCUGCAGAGCCUGGAGUCGAAGCUGACCUCUGUGAGCUUCACAGGGGACACGGUGUCCUUUGAGGAAGAUCUGGUCAACGCCACGGUGUGGAAGCUCCAGCCCACAGCCAGCCUCCAGGACCUGCGCAUCCACUCCCAGCGGGAGGGGGAGCAGAGCGAGAUCCUGGAGUACUCGGUGCUGCUGCCCCGCGAGCUCUUCCAGAAGACCAAGGGCCAGAGGCAGGAGGCUGAGAAGAGACUCCUCCUGGUAGACUUCAGCAGCCAAGCCCUGUUCCAGGACAAGAAUUCCAGCCAGGUCUUGGGGGAGAAGGUCUUGGGUAUCGUCGUACAGAACACCAAAGUAGCCAACCUUUCGGAGCCCAUGGUGCUCACCUUCCAGCACCAGCCACAGCCGAAGAAUGUGACUCUACAGUGUGUAUUCUGGGUUGAAGACCUGACAUUGGGCAGCCCGGGGAGCUGGAGCGAUGUGGGCUGUGAGACCAUCAGGAGAGAGACGCAGACGUCCUGCCUCUGCAACCACCUGACCUACUUUGCAGUGCUGAUGGUUACCUCUGUGGAGUUGGACGCCAUACACAAGCACUACCUGACCCUCCUCUCCUACGUGGGCUGUGUCAUCUCCGCCGUGGCCUGCGUCCUCACCAUCGCUGCCUACCUCUGCUCUAGGUACCCUCACCUGUGCAGGAGGAAGUCUAGGGAUUACACCAUCAAGGUGCACAUGAACCUGCUGCUGGCUGUCUUCCUGCUGGAUGUGAGCUUCCUGCUCAGUGAGCCGGUGGCCCUGGCAGGCUCCGAGGCUGCCUGCCGCGCCAGUGCCAUCUUUCUGCACUUCUCCCUGCUCGCCUGCCUCUCUUGGAUGGGCCUCGAGGGCUACAACCUCUACCGACUCGUGGUCGAGGUCUUCGGCACCUAUGUGCCAGGCUACCUGCUCAAGCUGGGCAUCGUGGGCUGGGGCUUCCCCAUCUUCCUGGUGACGUUGGUGGCACUGGUGGAUGUGAACAACUACGGCCCCAUCAUCCUAGCUGUGCACAGGACCCCAGAGAGUGUCAUCUACCCUUCCAUGUGCUGGAUCCGGGACUCCUUGGUCAGCCACGUCACCAACCUGGGCCUCUUCAGCCUGGUGUUUCUGUUCAACAUGGCCAUGCUGGGCACGAUGGUGGUGCAGAUCCUGCGGCUGCGCCCACACGCCCAGAAGUGGCCCCACGUGCUGACCCUGCUGGGUCUCAGUCUGGUCCUCGGCCUGCCCUGGGCCUUGGUGGUCUUCUCCUUCGCUUCUGGCACCUUCCAGCUUGUGGUCCUCUACUUUUUCAGCAUCAUCACCUCCUUCCAAGGCUUCCUCAUCUUCCUCUGGUACUGGUCCAUGCGCCUGCAGGCCCGGGGUGGGCCCUCCCCUCUGAAGAGCAGCUCGGACAGUACCAGGCUCCCUAUCAGCUCGGGCAGCACCUCGUCCAGCCGCAUCUAG